AGACAAAGAGAGUUGUUCAACGAGUGCCUAAGACCAGACGCAAGGCUGCAAGCUGGCAAUCAGCAGAACUUCUAAUCCCACCUUGGCCAAGCAUUGAAUUUGAAGCUGUCUGUUAUAGGGUGGAUCCAUAUUCAAACUUUCUCAUAUGUAGGAACAAUUAAAUGUGACCUUCAAUUAGGAAUCAUAUUUUUAACAAUUUGAUUUGACCAGGCAAAUUAGACAAGUGAUAGGUACAUUUUAGUGCUGAAAAUAAUGAUCAAUCUUUGAACCUGCCAUGGAAAUGGAUGAAGAGUGCUUCAAUUUACCAACAGGGUCUCCACCAAUCAACUAUCAAAGUUUUUGUGGUGGAAAGCACAGGUUAAUCCAUUUGGACUUGAAAGGUGCACCUCCAAAAGUUUCCUACUUGAAAGAACUGCUGCCAGUGUUGAAGAAACAUGGAGCCACAGGACUUCUCAUUGAGUAUGAAGACACUUUCCCCUACAGCGGCUCUCUGAGACACCUUAGAAAAGUUCCUGAUGAACUGCCUGACUCUUGUGGGUCUCCUGAUGCUCAGGAGCCUCCACCACAACAGUCAACUUGCGAUGGCAGCGCCAAAACUUCAUGUGAAGACUUGAUGAAAAGCAACCCACAUCCUCCAUAUUAUUUGCCUGAGGAGGUCGCAGAAAUUCUUGAGUGCGCUGCCUCCAAUGAUCUCGAAGUGAUACCACUCGUGCAAACAUUCGGCCACAUGGAGGGUGAGUGUGGGGGCAUGGAGGAGGUUCCUCUACUGCAGGUGCUGCUGGGUGCGUGCAGCAGGUGCCAGGUGUCCAGCAGGGAGGAGGUGUUCCUAGAGUGGGUCAUGCUGGUGGGGGGAUGGGUCAGGAGGAAGUACCCCCACGUCACCCCCAUCAUCUGGGAUGACAUGCUCAGGGGCAUGACAUCCCAGCGCCUGAACGUGAGCGGCGUGGGCGCCACCGUGGACGUCAUGAUAUGGAAGUAUGACGCCGGCGUCCUCCUCCUCCCCGACGGUGGGUUCCGCCCUCUGGUCCCGCCCUCAUGUCCCGCCCUCUGGUCCCGCCCUCUGACAGGCUGGCAGAGGUAUGACCACUACGCCGUGCUGUGCGAGCUGUUGCCUGCUGCUGUGCCGUGCGUCGUGCUGUGCCUUAACGUGCUGGAAGCUGGCGAGUUCACCUCUCCCAUCCACUGGGCGGCGUCCCGCGCACUGGGCUCCUCCUCUCUUCUCGCACUCUCGCCUGCCUUCAGGCCGCAGCCCGUCGAGGCUGACCUGCAGUUCCCGGGCGCCGCCCUACACGCCGCCCUGCAGGCCUGGGCCAACCUCAGAGCAGCCUGCAGCGCCCACGCCAACUCUGAGAUAGUGACGGGCUGGUAUCACAGCUACCGGCGACGUCUGAGGUCCGUGGCGCCUGCGAUGCUUGACGCCGUGCGCACGCAGGGGCUCAGGUUGCUGCAGUCAGUUGCUGCAGCUGAAGUGCAGCUCGCCACAGAGCUGCUUCACGUGUACGACGCUCACACAACACGCGAGUGGCUGGAGACGCACGUGACGCCACUCAAGAGGAAGCUACGCGAGCAACAGAAACAAUGCCAGGACCUCAGCAGGCAUGUGGGCGUCGCGUCAUGUGGUCCCCAGGCUUGCACUUGUUGCGGUCCAGGAGAGCAGGUCAAGUCGCCAGACGACUAAAUCACGCGUCCAUUGUCUGCUAGUCCGUAAGUCGCUAGGCGACUAAAUCACGCGUCCAUUGUCUGCUAGUCCGUAAGUCGCCAGACGACUAAAUCACGCGUCCAUUGCCUGCUAGUCCGUAAGUUGCCAGGCGAC